AUUAAAGUGAUGUUGAUAGUGAUGUUUUACUUGUACGGAAGUUCGACAAAAAUUAAUUGUUCUUUCGAAUGCUGAUAAAUCAUGCUGUCUCAAAUGAAAACAAACUCCACUCGAAAACUGGAAGGGAAACGACCCAAGGAAUUGAUGUCGUCCUCCAGUCUGUCUGGGAUGUCGCAAUUGUCGAACAGCAGCGAGGAGACCUUGGUGCCCCUUGUACAUAAGCCGCACAAAUCAGAAUCGUCAAAAAGCACAACGAAGGACAAAAGUCCACCACACAACGAAUGGCUAUUGAAUGGACCAACCAGAAAUAAAGCGCCUAUUUUGCGUUUCAAAUGUUCUGCCUUAGCCACUCCACCGGACGAACCACCUGCAAAGCAAUUACACAUGACCUACAAGAUUUUUCAAACAGAUACGAAGCUAAUCAAUCUUUUGCUGCAAUCCCACGGGUUAAUUGAGGUGCCUAUGAACGAGACGGAGUUUAACAUCCUCUGGAUGGGGAACCAUCCGAAACCGGACAUCCUUCGGAACCUGAUGCCCCAUCAGAAAAUGAAUCAUUUCCCUAGGUCGUACGAAAUCACACGGAAGGAUCGUCUGUACAAGAACAUCGAGGCGAUGCAACGCAGCAAAGGUCUGCGGAACCUGGACUUCAUACCCCAAACGUUUCUGUUGCCGAACGAGUCCAGGGAGUUGCUCACCGCGCAUUUUAGGUAUCGCGGUCCCUGGAUUGUCAAACCGAAAGCCAGUUCCCGCGGACGUGGCAUUUAUAUCGUUAACAGUCCCGAGAAAAUCCUCACGGACGAAUCCGUGAUCGUCGCGCAAUAUAUAAACAAUCCUUUGUUGGUCGACGGCCACAAAUGCGAUCUGCGGCUUUACGUAGCCGUGACGAACUACGAUCCGUUGUUGAUCUACCUAUACGAGGAGGGUUUGGUUCGGUUCGCCACGGUGAAGUACGACGGUGGCAACCAGUACGUCUGGAAUCCCUGUAUGCAUCUCUGCAAUUACAGCAUCAACAAAUUCCACGUGGAUUACGUAAAAAGCGAAGAUCCAGACGCGGAGGAUGUGGGCCACAAAUGGACACUGUCGGCGUUGCUGAGGCAUUUACGCUCUAUGGGACAGGACACGGAGUUGCUGAUGCAACGAAUCGAAGAUAUUAUAAUAAAAUCGAUCCUAGCGACCGCCUCUGGGAUCGUCAGCGGCAUCAAACAGUUCGUCAAACAUCCGGAGACUUGCUUCGAGUUAUUCGGUUUCGAUGUUCUAAUCGACGACACGCUAAAACCAUGGCUACUGGAGGUGAAUCUAACGCCGUCGUUGGGAUGCGAUUCGCCGCUCGAUGUUAGAUUGAAAUCAGCCUUAAUAGCCGAUCUGCUUACCCUUGUCGGUAUACCAGCGGUGGAUCCAGUGUCGCGGCCCCAAACGACCCACCUGAAUAGAUCCACGGUCAUUUCGACUAAACGAACAGUUAGUUGUAGAAGGGUACAUUCGGCCGAGGCUUUGUCCCAGAGAAAGAAGAACGUUAGCAAAAGCAAUAUCAAUAAAUCGGGAUUAACAUCGGAGCAACAGCGUAUAGUCGUGUCGGCGAAAGCGCAAUUCGAACGAAGAGGAGGGUUCGUUCGUAUAUUUCCUAGCCCCAAGUCGUGGGAAAUGUAUUCGCAAUAUUUAGAUCCAGCAACUGGGAUACCGGUCGUUUCGGAUCCAUUAGGACCAGGCAGAGCCCAGCACGUUAACACGAAUCACAAUCUGAUGUUGCACGAACAAUUAUUCCCCGCGGCCAGUCGUACUACCGGUUUCAUUAUUCCUGAAGUGACUCUGGACAGACUCUCUAGAUACGAACGGUACGAGAGAGCGUUGGUGAAAGGCCACAAACAGAGCUUAGAUCGCGGUGACAGUAAAGAAAAUAUGGAUAUUGACAAGCAUAAAUAUAAAAGUCAGGUAGUACAGUCCAUGCACGAUGGAAAUAAACUUAGCCCUGGAGAAGCUAGAAAAGCUUUCGGUUUAUAUUUAGGGCACAUAUUGCGUAAGAUAUCGCAGCCAAACGCAGAUCCAGCGUGUUGCGAUCUCGUGAUGAAAUUUCUUCAGCAGUCGGCCAGUAAUUUGAGAACACCUUUCUUCUUUACGUUACCAAGCAGUAAACUUGGCGACAAAGAUCGAGCCGCUAUUACCGCGAAACAGCUCUCAGACUUUUUGCAUCUGUACAAUCGAGAAACGGAUCUCUAUUCGGAUACAGUGGAUCGUCCUCGUACCGUUCCGAAUCGACUGUUUCAGAAGUUUCUGGCCGCUGCAAAUGAAGAAGACUUGGACGAUAUACUGAUUCUUCAAACGAGGCUGUACAAAUGCGCUCAUAGUUUCCUGGGCAGAAGCGGAUUUGCAGGUAGUUUACCAGGUCCUAACUUAUUAGGCUCUCUGCCACACAUUACAUCUCGCGUGUAUUCAAACGCCGCUACUAGCGAGCAAUGUAAAUGCAAUCAGUCCAUUACAAGGCCUACGAAAGCCCCGCGCACAUAGCCGUGCAGUC